CCGGCCCUGGCCCAUCGUCUCCUAGCGCCCUCGCCGACGAUGGCGCACAGCCUCACCGGCGCCGCCUCUCCCUUUUGCUGCUGCUCCUACACCGCCGGGCGAGCUACCACCCCGACCGCUCCCUCUAGAAUUCGCAGCCGAGUGCUCGCCUCGGCCUCCCCUCCACAGCCCCGGCCGGCAAUCGAGGGCCGAGGGGUCGAGUUCUCGGUAACGACGCGGCGGGGGCUGGUGCAGCCGGUGCUCAAGGACUGCUCGCUCUGCGUCCCGCCGGGGCAACUCUGGAUGCUCCUCGGCCCCAACGGCUGUGGCAAGUCCACCCUUCUCAAGGUUUUGGCAGGUUUUCAAAAUGCCUCUGCUGGUACAUUGCAUAUUAAUAGGCCCUUCAGCUAUGUAUUCCAAAAUCCUGAUCACCAGGUUGUGAUGCCCACGGUGGAAUCCGAUGUUGCAUUUGGUCUUGGUAAGCUCAAUCUUUCAUUGGAUGAGGUUAGGUCAAGAGUAUCACAAUCUCUGGAUGCAGUUGGAAUGUUGAGCUACUCUCAAAGGCCAAUCCAAACUCUGAGUGGUGGGCAGAAACAGAGAGUCGCCAUUGCUGGUGCUUUAGCUGAAGCAUCCAAAGUCCUUCUACUUGAUGAGCUGACCACAUUUUUGGAUGAAUAUGAUCAGAUGGGUGUUGUCAAGGCGGUGAGGAACUCUGUAACGGCUGGUGGGGAGGUUGCAGCACUGUGGGUGACGCAUCGCCUAGAAGAACUCAAAUACGCAGAUGGUGCUAUCUACAUGGAAGAUGGACGGACAAUUAUUCAAGGCGAUGUCUCUAGUGUAUCCAGAUUUAUAAAGAGGAAACAAGCACGCUACUUUGGUCAUUUUGAGCUCUGAUCCUGGGGAAUCUGAAGCUAUAGGUAGAAUUAUCUGCUGUUGUAUACAUCACUACAUCAGUGUUUGUUGUUUGUAGGCAACACAAAAUUAUGGGUUCUUCGUGAUUCUCAGCUGCACCGUAGGCAAAACGUUGGUACGCAGUGACAUUAACUUGAGUUUCAGUUGACCUUGUUUACUGUUUUCUAAUGUUGGAUGUACACUCAUGUAAGACUAUGGCCUGCUUUGCCCUAAAAAAAUACUACAGUGUGUUUUCUUCAGUA